AUGGAGCAAGUAAAGAAUAGCCUGAUUGGUUUGGUUGCUGGGAUUAACGGUGGAUUUGCUUCAGUUUAUGUUGGACAACCAUUAGAUACCAUUAAAGUCAAGAUGCAAACGUUCCCGGAAGUUCACCCGUCAACAUGGAAAUGUCUCCGAGUCACACUUGCGAAGGAUGGAAUCGCUCGCGGACUCUACGCAGGAACUGUUCCGUCACUCGUUGCAAAUGUUGCUGAAAAUGCGGUGUUAUUCUGUGCUCUUCCGCCAUCGGAACAUUUGAUAGCUGGUCUUUGUGGAGUGGAUAAAAGUCAUCUCUCAGUACUACAGCACGCACUUGCCGGUAGUAUAGCUGCUUUCUGGUCGAGUCUAACUCUUUGCCCAACCGAAUUAGUUAAGUGCAAAGUUCAGUCAAUGAGAGAAAUGACUGAAUUAGGACAUAUAAAGGUUGAUGUCAAAAAUUUAGGUCCAUGGGCAGUAACAAAGUCAAUAUACAAGGAAAAAGGUUUCAAAGGAUUUACUUGUGGUUUAGGUGCUACAUUUGCCAGGGAAAUGCCUGGUUAUUUCUUCUUCUUUGGUGGGUACGAAGCAUGUAGAACAGUGAUGACUCCUACUAAUGGUCGUAAAGAAGACUUGGGUCCCAUUAAAACUGUUAUCGCUGGUGGAAUAGGUGGAGUUUCACUGUGGGUGGCGAUAUUUCCAUUCGAUGUUGUUAAAUCUCGCAUGCAAAUUGGACACCAUACUGUCACGUCAUCCUCAAUCGCUCAUGGAAACAAAGUCAGUAAACAAAGAAGCAUGUUUUCCGUCCUGUUAGACAUCAAGAGAAAUGAAGGAAUCCGUUCACUUUAUCGUGGUCUGGGCCCAACAAUAUUGAGAACAUUCCCAGCAACAGGAGCUUUGUUUCUAGCUGUAGAAUGGACUCGUAAAUGCGGCCAUUUGUUACUAAAUUGA